CUGCACCUCUCCUUCAUCACCGGCCUCUCUCCACCCCGCGGUCAAGAUGCUGUCCGGCAUAUUGAUUUUUAACCAGAAAGGGGAGAACUUGAUCUUCCGUGCCUUCCGAAAUGACUGCAGACCGCGCCUCGCAGAUGUCUUUCGCAUCCAGGUCAUAUCAAACGCGCAAGUCCGAUCACCAAUCCUUACGUUAGGGAGCACGACUUUCAGCCAUGUCAAACACGAGAAUAUCUACCUGGUGGCUAUUACGAAGAGCAAUGCCAAUGCCGCGCUGGUGUUUGAGUUCCUGUAUCGGUUGGUUGCGCUCGGCAAGGGAUACUUCGGGAAGUUCGAUGAAGAGGCAGUGAAGAACAAUUUUGUGCUGGUUUACGAGCUCCUAGAUGAGAUUCUGGACUUUGGAUACCCUCAAAACACCGAAACAGAUACCCUGAAGAUGUACAUCACGACGGAAGGUGUGAAGUCAGAGCGGACAAUGGAGGACUCGUCCAAGAUUACCAUGCAAGCAACCGGUGCACUGUCAUGGCGAAAAUCAGACGUCAAAUACCGCAAGAACGAAGCUUUUGUCGACGUGAUUGAAGAUGUGAAUCUCUUGAUGUCUGCUACAGGUACUGUUCUGCGCGCAGACGUCAAUGGUCAGAUUAUCAUGCGCGCAUAUCUUUCUGGUACACCAGAAUGCAAAUUUGGACUUAAUGAUCGACUUCUGCUUGACGGAGACAGCUUAUCCUCUCUCCCAUCUGGCAAUCGAAUGGGCACGAAGGCCACAAAGGCUGCAGCAGGGAGCGUUACGCUAGAGGAUUGUCAGUUCCAUCAAUGCGUGAAGCUAGGAAAGUUUGACGCAGACCGCAUCAUCUCUUUUAUUCCUCCAGACGGAGAGUUCGAACUCAUGCGUUAUCGAGCAACUGAGAACGUCAAUCUGCCGUUCAAGGUCCAUGCCAUUGUUAACGAGGUUGGAAAGACCAAGGUCGAGUACAGCAUAGCUAUCCGAGCGAAUUACGGCAGUAAGCUAUUUGCCACGAACGUUGUUGUGCGAGUACCAACACCAUUGAACACUGCACGGAUCACGGAGAGAUGUACACAGGGCAAAGCCAAAUAUGAACCGAGCGAGAACAAUAUUGUAUGGAGGAUCCCUCGAUUUACGGGACAGAAUGAGUUUGUAUUGAGUGCGGAAGCCACUUUGACGAGCAUGACGAAUCAAAAAGCUUGGUCGAGGCCGCCGUUGAGUUUGAAUUUCAGUUUGUUGAUGUUCACGAGUUCAGGUUUGUUGGUGAGGUACUUGAAGGUCUUUGAGAAGAAUAACUAUUCAUCCGUGAAGUGGGUGAGGUACAUGACGAGGGCUGGGUCUUAUGAGAUACGAUUCUGAACAACGGAGGAAGUCAUGGAGUUCUGGUACAUAGCGCGGCAUUGUGGGCGUUAGUGGACAUCAGGGGUUUACAAUAAAGGCCUUUAUUCAUGUUAUAGAAGUCAUGAUCAUGAAGUUUCAAACCGGGUUCUUUGGACUUGACCUAGGUAAGGAUGGUGUAACAUGAGUUGAUGAAUAGAAGAUGCCGCAAAACACACUGCAG